AGAAGCUGCCGGAGCGGGCGAAAAAGGAAGGCGCGACUGUCGGAGAAGGAGCGCGCGCGCGUAAAGCCCUCAGCUGAAGGAGCGGAGAGACGGAGCCGCCCCGGGGGGUAAAACAGAAAAACAAUGAAUACAUAUAUAUUCAGCUAUUACUUAAUUCAGUUUUGUGGACAUUCAUGGAUAUUUACCAAUAUGUUCAUCAGAUUCCUUUCAUUUGGGGAAGAUUCUGUUGCAGACACUUUCCAUUCUAUUGGACUUGUGAUGCGUAUUUGCCAGCUAGCAUCGAUACUAGAGCUCCUGCAUAUUUGGUUUGGCAUUGAGAAGGAUCAGUUUUUCCCAAGAUUCUUACAGAUCACAGAAAGAAUUGUCAUCUUAUUUGUUGCAAUAGCAAGUCAAGAAGAGGUUCAAGGGAAAGGCAUUGUGUGUGUCUUAUUUUUCCUUUGGAGUUGCAUUGAUGUCAUCAGAUACACGUACUGCAUAUUAUCGGAGACCGGGAUAUACUUUCAAGGACUAGCUUGGCUCUACCAUUCACUGUGGAUUCCUUUCUAUCCUCUCUCAGUUUUGGCUCAAGCAUUUGCCAUAUAUGAAUCAUUGCCUCACUUUGAAGCCUCAGGCACUUACUCCACCAGAAUAUUCUUUCCAUUUGAUCUAACUAUUUACUUUCCCUAUGUACUGAAAAUGUACAUGGCAAUAUUAUUUGGGGGUGCCUACUUCAUUGUUCAAUAUCUUUAUACUGAACGGAAGACUUAUCUACGAAGCAACAACAUCAAAGAGAAAAGGAGCUAACUCGUGUUUUUGGUGAGAAAUGACAAAUUUCACCUCCUGUGAAACAGUCUUUGCAACAAUAUAUCAAGAUCUAGUCAUUUGGAGAUUUCGUUGCUCAAAGACUUUGUAUACAGAGACAUACCAGGCUGAAUCAAAAGAAUUCCUUGACUCUGUGAACACACUUUCAAUAGCUUUCUCGUUAUAUUCAGUGGAAUGAACAUUACCUCAUUUAAAAGGCAGGAUAUUAUGUACAUACAUGUAUACACAAACACACACACACACACACACACUGGAGAAUUCUUUUAAAGUUAUAUAGGAGGUGUUCAUUGUUUCUAACACUGCCAGAAAGCACCACAGCCAAAAUGACCUUGUUCGAACCUAAGUUUUUGUCAGCUGGUGCCUUUGAAGAAAUAUUAUGUGAAAACCAGAUCAGAACAAAACAAUUUGAUAGCAAUAAUUAACCUUUUUAAAAGUAGGAUACAUUGUCGGGCAUUUUGUGUGCGCCUGUAAUUUUGAUUACAUGUCUGGUGAUACGUUGCAAGUCGUAACAGAUAACAUAGGGAUGAACUUUCUGUAUCUCAGGAACUUUAUUUAUUCCUAAAUCUGUAUUUUGCUAUUAUUCUGGAGCGUCUUAGGAUCAUGCCAUUGAAAUUUAAUGACAAAAGGCUUCUUAUCAGCCACAUGAUUUUAAAUAUGUUUUAGGAUUUUCAAAAUAAGCAUGCUAAGCCUUUCAAAACCUUAAAACUCUGACUUCUUGUAUUCUUUCUCUCAAUCAACCACAUCCCUGAAAUGCUGAGGUUGAAAAAUGAUUUUAAAAAUGGUGCUUGCUCCUGCGUUAAAGUAUACGUGUGAAUGUGCUCCGUAUGAUUAGACUAUAUAACAGUAGCAACAUUUUUGAAAUGCCUCCAUACUUCCACACUGACUGCCCUUUCCUUGUGACUCCUUCUUUUUAAUCUACAUUUUUCCACGCGGAAAUCCUCCCUUCCCUUGAUCCAUAGUUGCACUUCAUUUCAGAAAUGCAGUAACCAAAGAUAUUUAAAGGAAGAAUAAAGUAUGCUGAAAUGAGUGGAGAUUUUUGGGGAGAUAGAAAUAUUGAAGUUCAAAACAUUAAGAGAUGGGUGGGGAUAAUGGGCAGAGAAACCUUGAUAUUAACCAGCUACAGAAACUAGAAAUUUUUAUAUGAUCGUUGUUGGAUCAAGUCCCAAUGUACCUCCAUCAGUGCUUCUGUAGCUCUUUUUCUGGGAAACUUUCUUUUGAUCUGAGGCUUAAAUAUAGAUUAGGGUGCUGGGAUCCUCUUCCAUGUUUUCUCUAUCACCAUAAGUGAACUUUUUUUGUAAGCCUAUGACCUGAUAUUUUGGAGCAAAUUUAAAUGUUUAAGGCAAGAAAACAUAUCACUUGGCUAUACAAAGGCCUACUUCUGAUUAAAAUGACAUACCUCAGUUUGAACUACAGCCCUCCAUACUUGUAGGCUCAUUAAUUUGUAUGCAUCUCCAUAUAAAACAUUUUUUUCCAGUUCAAAAUAGGGUCAUUUAUUUCCAUGUUGAAGGAACCCUUGGGGAAAUACUUUUUUGUCAGCCUAAUUUCCUUGGUACCAAUAGUGGUAGCAGGAAUAUUAAUGAACAGUGGGUUCAUUGUCUAACAAAUAAAACACAUUCAAAAGUUCAAUUUUUCAAGGCAGCAUCUUUAAUCUUGCCACACUGAGAUUGUCAAGUGCAAUGCUAACCAACCAUUUGUGAAAUAUUCUUGCCUUGUUUACCCAACUCCCAUUUCCUAUAGUAAUUCUUUCUUUCUUUCUUUCUUUCUUUCUU